UACUUGGAGAACAUCUAUCCCGAUUCCCAGAUCCCGAGGCACUACUACUCCCUAGGAGAGAUCCGUAACGUGGAGACAAACCAGUGUCUGGACAACAUGGCCCGCAAGGAAAAUGAGAAGGUUGGCAUUUUCAACUGCCACGGCAUGGGAGGCAACCAGGUUUUCUCCUACACGGCUAACAAGGAAAUCAGGACAGACGACUUGUGUUUAGAUGUGUCCAAGCUGAACGGACCUGUCAUGAUGCUCAAGUGCCAUCACCUUAAAGGCAACCAGCUCUGGGAGUACGAUCCUGUGAAGCUGACUCUGGUCCACGUCAACAGUAACCAGUGUCUGGACAAAGCCAGCGAGGAGGACAGCCAGGUGCCCAGCGUCAGAGACUGCACGCACACGCGCUCCCAACAGUGGCUGCUCCGCAACGUCACGCUACCAGAGGUCUUCUGACCGCGCUGCACACCCUGUCGAACCCACACGCCGCGGCCCGGACAGAAACCACCACAGGAACGGCCGCGUUUACUGAGUUCUGGCCCCAGGAAUAAAGAGACUUCCCACGAAGGGAUCCAGGAGGAGAGGAGGAUGGAUUGGAUGGUACUACCUCUGCCAGAAAUCAGGGAGAGGUGUGUGUUCAAACCUCCUCAGAGUGAACAGAGAGGAAAGACUCCCUCUAAAGAGCUGUUUUACACUUCUUACUUUUUGUUUUUGUUUUUUUUUAUGAGAUAUCAACCGCAGAGAGCUAGGGACUCCUGUGCAUAAGAACGAGACUGAACGCUGGAGUGGAGGAUCUGCUCUCACAUCUUCCCUGACAGAAAGCGGUCCAGCCCUCAGCUCAUUACCUAACGUUUACUGACUGCCUCCGAUCAGAGUGUGUGCACUUAACCCUGUGUGUUUUAGGACCCUGUGCUCCGAGAUGAAUGUAUGCCUUGAAGAGGGGACUGAAUUCCUUGUUGACUUCUUCUUCUUUUGUUUUUUUAUUUAAUUUUGUAAUGCGCUAUGAUAAAGCGUGCGUGCACAUGUGUGUCAGA